AUAAUGUAUCAAUUAUCAAAAAAAUAAAGGCUUUUAAAAACCUUUAUGGAAGAAGAUAAAACUGCAUUAUCUUUCUUGAAUACAAAUUUACUUCCUAUUACUUCUAUACCUGAUAACAAUAUUGUAGAUAAAAGUUUUCAAUUAGUAAAUCAGAAUAAGCAUAUUAAUGCUAAUGAAUCUUCAGUUGACAAUAUUAUAAAAUCUGAUGAUGAAGAAAUUCAUGAUGAUGCGUUAGAUUUUGAUUUAUCAAAAGAAGUUAAUAAAGUUGAUACAGAUAUUAAAAAUGGAGAUCCAAACUUUCAUUAUGGAAGAAAAAGUAAUAAUAAUGGUAGUAAAAGAUUAAAUCAAGGUAAAAAAUCAAAAAGAUCUUUUGAAAAUAUGGAAAAUAUAGAUCCACAAACCAUACCACCACGAAAAAAAGAACAAUUAAAAAGAAACAUACGUCAGCAGAGUCAAUAA